AUGACUGGAAACCACACUGCUAAACCAUCAUACUUUGGAGAUCAGUUGAUUUAUGAGUUUCCUUCUCCUAAGGAAGAAGUAGAUGAUGAUGGCAGCCCAAGGGGUGUAACCCCUAAGAUAAUAGAACGUGCUGGUUCUAUAUUCAUCAAAUCAGGUAUCCCUAAGGUUACCCCAUUCCCAAGAUUCGAAUAUGAGGACGAUGAUAUAGACUUGGUAGAAUCCACUACUACUGUCGACCAAAAUACAGUUGGAGGAAAUACUUGGGAUAAUGACAGAAUUACUGUGGACAACAGUGACCCAGCCAAACGAGAAAAAGUUUAUAGCUGCAUUGAACAUGAUCCAAAUAACCACAAUUUGGCUUCUUUAACUCCUGAAAACUCUUUGGGCAGCAGUCUGCUUAGUGAUAUUGGUGUAAACGACGCACAGGUGUAUGAGGAUGAUGUGGUUGAUAUAUUAACUGAAGAUAAUGCAAAUAGUCAGGUAUUUUAUACAAAUAAAGAAGAAGAACCAUCUUCAAUCAGACAAUUUGAUGAUGCAAACCCAGAAGCCAUUCCAACAUUACAUAAAGAAGUAUCUUUGUCGAAAACCUCGAAGGAAGAGGAACUACUGAGGUCAAGACCAUCAUUAAGACAAGUGGAUUCUACUAAGAGAAGAAAGUUUGUUAAUCCAUAUUUGAAGAACAGUUUGAUUAGAAAAUACAAAAACAUACAUAAAGAAGAGAUAUCAGUGCAGGAAACAGAUACUAAUGAUGAUUCCAGUGGUACGGGAAUUAAUUUAGAAGAAUUAGAGAUUCCAAGAAGAAGCUCAAAAAGAAUACAGAGAAUGUCUAAUAGCGUUAGAAGGGCAUUUUUACCGGCGUUACAAUCGCUUGAAGAGUCCCGGAACUAUUCAAGAAACUCCUCUGUAGGGCGAAGUAGGGUUUCCCGACUAUCCAGUAGUAGGACUUUGAAAACGCUGGGCAAUUCAAUUAGAAAGAAAAAUAAUGAACAACUGUCUAGAAAGACCUCCAAAUUAAACGGUGAUUCUAUAAAAACAAUUAAAACGUUAGCAACUGAGAUCCGUCGAUCCACACAUGAUAAGAAUAGGAGCAGCGUUGACUUUGAAAAGUUAGAUCAAUUGCUACAAGAAUUGAUUAAUAUUCAAAGUGAAGAAUCUCUAGUUAGCAGUAGACGCCCAACUACCAGUUCUGUCUCUAAAUCAACUUCCCACUCCCAUUCCACCAUUUCGGAAACUAAAUUUACACAUGGGGAAGAACCAAUAGAAUUCCCGGGUGUACAGCCAUAUUCUGCCAAAGAGGUUAGCAGGCAGAAUUCAUUGAGAAGGAGCCUCUCAACCCUGUCGACUAAACUAGAGAGGUUGAAUAAUACCUAUAGUACCAAAGUACCACCAACUUGUGUAUCUAAAAAACCAUCAACCUUGAUGGGAGAGAGAAAAAGAUCUAGCACUGGAAACCCAAACUCCCAUUGCGAACUCAAGCGCUCAAAUGCAGUAAAGAGAAAGUACGGUUUUAUUACCCCGCUUGUUUUAUUCUUGAAAUCUAUAGGCAAUGCAAGUAAGAAAAGCUGGAGGUUUAUCAGAGCUUCAGGUAAAAAGGUUUUAUUCAGGGGAAGAAAUCAAGAGAAAUCUGUUUAUGCGAGGUCGAAUAAGAACAAGUCAUUAACGAAACCAAAAAUUGGCAAACCUGUUGUUGUUGAUAUCCAUCAAACGCCAUUCAAAACACAUAACUUGAACAGGGAAGUUGUGCCUGAAAGGAAGUUCCUACCUAUUCCUCAAAACACCACAGUUAUUGAUGAUUGUAAUGUUGGUGAUGUUGGUGAUGUUGGUGAAGGUGAGUAUGAUUUCGGUGAUGAUUUCGAUGAUGUUGUUGAUCAAGUUGCUAGUGACUUGGAGGUGAUUCCUUCAAAUGAUACCGGAAAGGAGGAACCCCUUGAAGGGGACGGCGAGAAACUGGUUGGGGUGUGGAAACAUUAUUUAAGUGAGAGCAUUGUCAAUAGAGUCAAUUUGAAGGUUGACCUUUCCAAAGCGGAACAACUCGAGAGGGUCGAAUCAGUGCAGAGUAAGAGAAGUAGGAUUACAUCUAUAGAAGACUACAAACGCAGGGAGUUUGAUAAUUUGGUUUACAAAUAUAUUGGUGGAGGAUCAAGUACAAGUCUCAGUGUAUCAACAGCGUCCAACGGGUCUAGUACUGGGUACUAUGCCUCUGCAAAUGAAUCUGUCAACGAUGAAUCGAUUAGAAACUCAAUUUCAAAGUCCAGUCUCUCCACGUGGUCUACAAUUAGCACCGGGUACACUGGCAGUGCCACUGAUGAACAUUCCUAUACGGGCAGUAGUGAAGAAGACGACAUAUCCACCAUUGAGGAGGAGAACGACACGGACAUCAGUUCUAUUGAAGAUGUCUACGAUACGUACAGCCUGGUAUCACACGCAGCAGGACAACCAGAGUCGGAUGAAAUUACAAAGAGUGUAUCUACACGCAGUGGCAUUAGUGAUAGUAGCAGCCGAAGAAGUUCAUUAAAGCAUUCCAGGGGUAUGACCAAUCUCAAAAGUAUUUUGCAUCGAGAGAAUACCAUGAAAAGUUCAACAAUGGGUAGGAAGCUCUCAGAGAGGGUGUUUAGCGGUGUCUCAGAGACAUCGGAUGUCUUCUCCUACACUGCCAGUGUUGGAGCUUGCUAA